AUGGUGACGACUUCUGGGAAGCAGCAGCUACUCACUGCCCGCUUCUUGAAAGAGAGCAACGUGCCUGUUAUGUGCACGGGAGAUGAAGUCUUCGAGUACAUGCGUCGUGUGAUAGCGGAGAGUCGGUGUACUGGUAAGUCGCUCGAGCUUGAUCUUCGCAUCGGUGGCCUCCAGAAUGGCCACCCAAGGCUUUACUCUGUCGCAGUGGAGCUGUUACGUCGCCUAGCGGCUAUAAGCGAGUCGGAUUUCGGGGCAGCAUCAAGGCGUCAAAAGUAUGAAGUGUACCUCGUAAAUCCAUAUCGCAAUCGAGCGAACAGGCAGUGGAGCUCGACGUACAUGCGUCAUGAGCUAAGACCUUUGAUGGAGCGUGUGAAAGAUGCAUUCAUCACUUCAUAUGGCUUCGCCAAGUUCGACGUGCUUAUUCUCAGCUGGAGUUCGGAGCACUUCAACGACGACAUGUUCUCGUACACGGUCGAUGAAGGCGACCCCUAUGAUGACCCCCACAACGACUUCCCUCUGUGUCGCGCCAAUCUUCUCAGUGUGCUGUUCGAGUAA